CGUUUCAUUGCCGCGCUCGAGUUUCCAAAUCGGUAAAAUUCCGAUUUCCAACAACAAUAACCUUCACCAUUUUCCAUUUUUUUCUCUAACGAACUACAUGCAAUCAUCUUCAACUUCAUCACUCUUUCACCCCCAGUUUCUCACUAAUCUCAUCACCUUUCACCUUUGAAGAUCCGCGAUGAUCCGCUCUCUGCCUCUCCACCAUUAUUCAACUACUCUUCAUUUUCCUCUCCUUCCGUCGUCCUGCACUGGAGCUACUCAUUCCCUUCACUUCCGAUUGAAGCGGCAAGUGAAGCUAGUGCCAGGAAGCAGCAGUAGCGACAGCCGGGAGAUUUUUAGUGAGGUUAGACAAAGCAGGGAGGAGUCAAACUUUGGACUGUAAGUGCAUUAAGUAGUCGUGAUCAAGAUCGUGUGCUGGAGCAAGAAGCUCCUGAAAAUUUGGACACUGGUCCAAUGUUGAAAAUAUUCCCAGGCCAAGCAUUUCCCUUGGGUGUUUCAGAAGUUGACAAUGGGAUCAAUUUUGCAAUUUUCUCACAGCAUGCUACAUCUGUCACCCUUUGUUUAUCACUUGAUGGGAGGAUUGAUGAUGGAAUGCUGGAGUUCAAAUUGGACCCUGAUGACAAUAGAACAGGAGACAUUUGGCACAUUUGCAUCCAGGACUUACGACGGAAAAAUGUCCUAUAUGGCUAUAGGAUUGAUGGUCCUCAAGGUUGGCAUCAUGGGCAUCGGUAUGAUGCUGGCACUGUGCUUUUAGAUCCUUACGCCAAGUUUGUUGAAGGUCGCCGAUACUUCGGGGGUGAAAAUAAGUCCACUGGUUUUCUUGGGACUUAUGAUUUUGAUAGCUUGCCUUUUGAUUGGGGAAAUGACUAUAAGCUUCCUAAUAUACCAGAGAAAGAUCUUGUAAUAUAUGAAAUGAAUGUCCGUGGAUUUACAGCUGAUGAAUCUAGUGGCUUGCCUUCAAGCACACGGGGAAGUUACCUGGGUGUUAUAGAAAAGAUUCCACAUCUGCUGGAGCUUGGUGUCAAUGCAGUUGAACUAUUGCCUGUCUUUGAGUUUGAUGAGUUAGAGUUUCAGAGGCAUCCAAACCCCAGGGAUCAUAUGAUCAAUACGUGGGGCUACUCCACAAUCAACUUUUUUGCUCCAAUGAGUCGAUAUGCUAGUGCUGGUGGAGGACCUCUUAAUGCUUCGCUGGAAUUUAAACAAAUGGUUAAAGCCUUGCAUGCUGCUGGGAUAGAGGUCAUUUUGGAUGUUGUGUACAACCAUACUAAUGAGGCCGAUGAUGUAAUUCCUUAUAUCACUUCAUUUCGUGGCAUUGAUAAUAAGGUUUAUUACAUGUUGGACCUGAAGAAUAAUGGUCAAUAUUUUAACUUCUCUGGCUGCGGUAACACCUUGAACUGUAAUCAUCCCGUGGUGAUGGAACUAAUUCUUGAAAGCUUAAGACACUGGGUUGUCGAAUAUCAUGUAGAUGGUUUUAGAUUUGAUCUUGCCAGUGUUCUUUGCCGGGGAACAGAUGGUGCUCCACUUAGUGCCCCCCCACUCAUAAGGGCAAUUUCUAAAGAUGCUAUUCUAUCAAGAUGUAAAAUAAUUGCAGAACCUUGGGAUUGUGGAGGUCUUUAUCUUGUAGGAAGAUUUCCAAAUUGGGAUCGGUGGGCUGAAUGGAACGGAAUAUACCGUGACGACAUCAGAAAAUUUAUUAAGGGUGACUGUGGCAUGAAGGGAAGCUUUGCAACUCGAGUAGCUGGGUCUUCCGAUCUUUACAAAGUGAAUAAGCGUAAGCCUUGCCAUGGUAUUAAUUUUGUUAUUGCUCAUGAUGGAUUUACACUUCGUGAUCUAGUUUCUUACAAUGUCAAGCAUAAUGAUGCCAAUGGUGAAGGUGGAAAUGAUGGAUGCAACGAUAACUUCAGCUGGAAUUGUGGUUUUGAAGGUGAAACGGAAGAUACAAGCAUUAAAGCUUUGCGCACAAGGCAAAUGAAAAACUUCCAUUUGGCUUUAAUGACAUCUCAGGGAACACCAAUGAUGUUAAUGGGGGAUGAGUACGGGCAUACUCGUUAUGGAAAUAACAAUAGCUAUGGACAUGAUAAUGCUCUUAACCAUUUCCUUUGGGAACAGUUAGAGGCACGGAAGAGGGAUCACUUCAGAUUUUUCUCUGAAGUGAUAAAGUUUCGAAGGAAGCAUCCCCAUUUAUUUAGCCGGGAAAAUUUUCUAAACAAGAAUGAUAUAACUUGGCACGAAAGCAAUUGGGACAAUCCUGAAAGUAAAUUUCUUGCCUACACGCUUCAUGAUGAUAAUGGAGAAGACGUUUACUUGGCAUUCAAUGCUCACGAGUAUUUUGUCAAUGUUUCGUUGCCCUCUCCUCCAACAAAGCGAAAAUGGUUUCGUGUGGUGGACACCAAUCUGGAGUCUCCCCAUGACUUUGUACUGGAUGGCAUUCCGGGGGUUGGAAGCUCCUAUAAUGUGGCUCCCUAUUCCUCAAUUCUUCUGAAAGCCAAUUUAGAAAACGAUCUUCUUUGAUACUAACUCUCGUUUGAUACUAACUCUAUAUAUAUUAAAUAAAUCAAACCAUAUUAGGCAGAGGAAUCAAAUUCUGUACAAGAUGACCAUUGAAUUAUUAUGGAAGAAAUAAAUUAUGCGCUCUAAUGGAGGGCGUGCAGAGCUAAUCUCAGCAUGGAUUCCAGGUACUUGUACUUUUAUGUUUAUUGCGUGUUGGAAAGUUCUUUUUCUCCCUUCUUAUUAGAUUGGAACAUUGUUUAUUAUUGCAAUUACUUCCUUCAAUCGUUGGAUAUAUGUGAAUAAUAUUCGAAUGCUUUUGGAAA